GAGUAAAUAAAGCUGGUUAAGGGUUUGUGUUUAGAUGAAGAAAGUUUAGGAGUUAAAUCCUAACAGAUGGUUUCUUUUAAAUUUCUCAUGUGUAUAUAUAGUACAAUAACUGUGUACGUUAUAUGUAUUUAUUCCUCGAUUUCCAAGAAUUAUACACUGUUUUCAUUUGAUUUACUACAUGUGAUAAAGAAGAUCAGAGUCCAAUUCCUAGCAAUUCUUUCGCUCCCCCUCUCUCUUUCCAUGGGAAUUGAUCCUCCAUUUCAGGAGACUUACAGAGCCCUUUGGAAGGGUUUUUGCGUGAGAGCAAAAGAAGAAGAAUGCAAGGAAUUUGAGCUGCCCCUUAUAGACAUGAGUCGUUUGCGUUUGGGAGACAGUGCAGAACGAAAGAAAUAUAUAAAAGCAGCAAGCGAAUGGGGUUUCUUUCAAGUUGUAAAUCAUGGGAUUUCAGAAGAGGUUUUGCAGAGCCUGAGAUAUGAACAAAUGAAAGUAUUUCAUCAACCCUUUAACAACAAGUCCCAAAGAAACUUCUUAAAUUUACCAUCCAACAGUUAUAGAUGGGGUAACUCUUAUGCUUCUUGUUUGAGCCAAUUUCCUUGGUCAGAAGCUUUGCAUUUAUCUCCUGCAGACAUUUCAAGAAUCGAUGGAUAUACUAAUCUCAGAUCAUCCAUUGAAGCAUUUGCUGGAACAGCUGCUACCUUGGCUCAAACCCUAGCUGAAAUUCUAGCAGAGAACUUGGGUGUAAAAUCAAGUUUCUUUACAGAAAAUUGUACAUCAAGAACUAGUUGUAUAAGAAUGAACAGAUAUCCAUCGUGUCCAUUCUCUUCUGAGGUCUAUGGUUUGGUGCCCCAUACUGAUAGUGAUAUCUUGACAAUAUUAUAUCAAGACCAAACUGGAGGAUUGCAGCUUUUGAGAGAUGGAAGAUGGCUGACAGUUAAACCUAAUCCUCAAUCUCUAACAAUCAAUAUUGGUGAUUUAUUGCAGGUAUUUAGCAAUGAUGUUUACAGAAGCAUUCAACACAGAGUGGUUGCCCCUCAACAAGUUGAGAGAUUUUCUUUGGCAUAUUUCUACUGCCCUUCUUCUGAUGCUGUAAUACAAAGCUAUAGGACUCCAACUAAGUAUAGAAAAUUUACUUUCAGAGAAUAUAAGCAGCAAAUUCUCAAGGAUCUUCAAGCUACUGGUAACAAAGUUGGCCUCUCUAGGUUUCUCUUCUGAACUAAUUAUCAAUCACCAAUGUUUCAAUACUACGUUCCAAAAAUCGAAACACAAAAUCAUUAUAGGUGUUAUUGGUUUUCCAACUAGCAGUGGCGGAUUCACGAAUGACAAAAUGGGGUUUGCUUUUGUAAGUCCUGGGUCCGAACCUAGGACCUGCAGGGUUUUAUGUCCUUAAUAUAAAUUUCUGACCUCGCCCCUGAUGACAAGGAUGAUAAUCAAGACAAAGGAAGACAUCAAAGCAUAUUAGACAAUAGAGAGAGAGAGGCCUAAGAAAUUAAGGAGGUGGCUGCAAGGUGCAGGUGCCUUGGUUCCCUCUACCACUACAGUUAAGAAGUACUUGAAGUACAGCUUAUCUUGUAACGUGCAUUUGGUGGUCAACUCAGGUCAAGGAAAAUGGAAGUAUGCACAUUAAUUGAUUCUUAUCAACAGACAAACAUUUUUGGAAAUUCCUUCAAUACAACCCACCUUGGGGUAUCUCCUGUUUGUUUUUUUUUUUUUUUUUUU